AAACCUUUUCUAGUGAUACAUAAAUGAAAAGAAAAUUGUAAAUAGUUACUAAUAAAAUUUAUUCAAUUAUUAAGUUUGUUAAAAUAUGAUGUAGUAAGAAUAAAUAGUUUUUUUUUUAUAUAAGAAUAAAGUUCAAAUAAUUGCAAAUUAAAUAUGUUGCUGACAAGAGGUGUUAAAUGUAUUUUAUCGAAAGAAAUUUAUCAAAUUAUUAGAACUACUACCUCAAAAUCAAUAUCAAGUAUUCAGAAUGGGAAUUUUGUUAACGGUGUUAAAAAUAACGGCAAUGGAAAGCCUUCCAAUCAAACCGAAAUGACUUAUAAUUUUGAAUGGGUAUUUCCUUUAAUGGCAAACCCUUCCAGACUAUGGUGUAUAGCUAGCGCCAUAACAAUAACUGCAGUUGGAUUAUUUAGCAAAUUAGUCAUAGUAUUAAUGAACAAGGCACAAGUUCACAAUAAACAUCGACUAAUAAGCGCCAUCCAUAGACCAAAAGGUAUUCCUCUAGUUACAGUCUCCAAUCAUCAUUCAUGUUUUGAUGAUCCAGGAAUUUGGGGUUCGUUCACGAUACGAGACGUAUUGAAUAGAAAAUCUAUACGAUGGGCUUUAGCUGCACAUGAUAUUUGUUUUACAUGUGAACUGCAUUCAAGAUUUUUUAUGUGGGGAAAAUGUAUACCUUGUGUUCGUGGUGCUGGAGUCUAUCAGCCAGCUGUAGAUUUAUGUAUACAAAAAGUAUCUCAAGGUGAAUGGGUACAUGUAUUUCCUGAAGGAAAAGUGAAUAUGACAAAGGAGUAUAUGCGUUUUAAAUGGGGUGUCGGUCGUAUAAUUUAUGAAUCACCUAUUGUUCCAAUAAUACUUCCAAUUUGGCAUGAAGGAAUGGAAACUAUUUUAGAAAACGAACCACCGUAUUACUUAAGAUGGGGCAAAAAAGUUACAAUUAACUUUGGUGAACCAAUAGAUUUAAAUGAUUUUAUAAAAGAUUUAAAAGAACGUGGAGUUAAAGAACCAGAAGCAAGGAAACUAAUAACAGAUAAAAUUCAAGAUAGUUUAUAUAAACUACAAAGUGAAACAGUAGAGUUACAUCAAUCAUUUCUAAAAUGUUGACAAACAUCAUUUAAUGGACACAUUACGCUUAAAAAAUAAUUUUAAGUCCAAAACAUGAAAAAUUCGAAAAAAAGCAGUUUGUUAUUGAAGCAGCUAAACAAGUUUUUAGUUAUUUUGUUUUUAAAAUAUUGUAUAUUUUUGUUAUUUUUAUUAUUUGAUUUUUUAAAAUCAAUAGAAAGAAUACACAUUUUUGAUUUAGAUUAAUUUAAAAAAUAUAACAAAAUGUUAAAUAAGGAUUAAACUAAAAACCGAUUAUUUAUUCAACUUUACUUUAUGUUAAUUUUUCUUUUGGAAGACAACAUUAAAUUAAUGUUUAUGUCUUUGAUUUGAAUUUAGUAUGUUAUAUUUAUUUAAGUUUUAAUUUAUUGUUCAUUUUGAAAAACAAUAUGUAUCAAAGAGCAUUUUUUAAAUUUUGCAAAAUCAAAUAUAAAUUAGAAUUAAUUUUAUUAGUUGUAAUUUCCUACAUCAUGUAGUAGAAUUGCAAUAAAAUACCAUUUGGUAUUAAUAAAUAAA